GAAGGGGUUCGGUCCGGCUCCCGGUGCCGCUGCCGGUCCGGGUCCGCCAUGGCCUCGAACUGCGCGGGGGGCUCGUCGGCGGGGGGCGUCGGGGCGGCGUUGGGCUCGGCCCUCAGCGCCAGCAAGACCAAAACCAAGAAGAAACACUUCGUGUGCCAGAAGGUGAAGCUGUUCCGGGCCUCCGAGCCGCUGCUCAGCGUCCUCAUGUGGGGGGCCAACCACACGAUCAACGAACUCAGCAAUGUUCCCGUCCCUGUCAUGCUAAUGCCUGAUGACUUUAAAGCCUACAGUAAGAUUAAGGUGGACAAUCAUCUAUUCAACAAGGAAAACUUGCCAAGUCGCUUUAAAUUUAAGGAGUAUUGUCCACUGGUGUUCCGAAACCUCCGAGAAAGAUUUGGGAUUGAUGAUCAGGACUACCAGAACUCAGUGACACGAAGUGCCCCGGUGAACAGUGACAGCCAGGGCCGAUGCGGGGCCCGGUUCCUCACCACCUACGACAGGAGGUUUGUCAUUAAGGCAGUGUCGAGUGAGGAUGUAGCAGAGAUGCACAACAUCUUAAAGAAGUACCAUCAGUUCAUAGUGGAGUGUCAUGGGAACACCCUCCUGCCCCAGUUCCUUGGCAUGUACCGGCUCACCGUGGACGGAGUAGAGACUUACAUGGUGGUUACCAGAAACGUAUUUAGUCACAGGCUGACUGUGCACCGGAAAUACGACCUGAAGGGCUCAACAGUAUCCAGGGAAGCAAGCGAUAAAGAGAAGGCCAAGGAUCUACCAACGUUCAAGGACAACGACUUCUUGAAUGAGGGUCAGAAGCUGCAUGUUGGAGAAGAGAGUAAAAAGAACUUUCUUGAAAAGCUGAAGCGGGACGUGGAGUUUUUAGCUCAGCUGAAGAUUAUGGACUACAGCUUGCUGGUUGGGAUCCACGAUGUUGACCGAGCAGAGCAGGAAGAGAUGGAAGUGGAGGAUCGGGCAGAGGAUGAGGAGUGUGAGAAUGAUGGUCUCGGAGGCAACCCCAUUUCCUCCUAUGGCACACCCCCUGACAGCCCUGGCAAUCUCCUCAACUACCCUCGCUUCUUUGGGCCUGGAGAGUUCGAUCCUUCUGUCGACGUCUAUGCCAUGAAAAGCCACGAAAGUGCCCCCAAGAAGGAAGUGUACUUCAUGGCCAUUAUAGACAUUCUUACGCCAUAUGAUGCGAAGAAGAAAGCUGCACAUGCUGCCAAAACAGUGAAACAUGGGGCUGGGGCAGAGAUCUCCACCGUGAACCCAGAGCAGUACUCUAAACGCUUCAAUGAAUUUAUCUCCAAUAUCCUGACAUAGUCGUCUUCAGCCUUCAGCAAGAAAUGAAGAGGGGCUACUUCCAAACAGAGAAUGCAGCCUGUGACACUAAAACAGACACUGUAGCAGCAUGUGGGGUGUGCAUGUGUGUGUGCGUGUGUGUGUGCAAGAGUGAGUGUGUGGCACUGUGUGACUUCAGAGAAAACUAAUUCUAGGUGCACCCUCCAACAGUCCACUUGACCCAGGCGGAAAAGUGGGUUUUUAUGUUACAGAAGUGCCCAGACAUAGAUUUGAGGGCUUUUUAAAACAAGAAAAGUGCAUUGUUUCAGCACUGCUCUUUCUAAUGACAUUUUCUCCUCUCUGAUCAAGAGAAUCCCAUAGGGAUAUGAUAUGUGGCACUGUAUAAAGGGGUCGCUCUAGAUCACGUUCAGUGGGAGUAAAGCAGUGCCUGAUUCCACAAACUACUACUUUUUUUUUUUUUUUUAUUGGACUGUCUUUACCAGAAAGACACACAAGCCCUUUUAUUUCCCUCUUGGUAGGAAUUGGAAGGAAAAUAGCUCACCAUUUCAAGGACAGAAAAUAUUAUUCUGAUAAGGAGGAGUCGCUGAACUUUAGGUAAAUUCAGACUGGGACACUUUAUAUUUUUUGGUUAAUUUAAGUAACAAAAACUUUUUUUGUAACUGCACUUGAUUUACAAGAAAGAUGAGGGAAAUGAACAUCUACCAAAGAUGAUGACUUAAAAAGGUGUAACUUCUAGAACCUAAAAAAAAAAAACAGUGUGAGAAGUAGUAGAGGGAUUGAACAACCUCAGAUAAUAAUUCGCUUGGACCCAUUGUGCUUUAAAUUGGCCAGCUAUGAAGAUUUCGUAAAUGGAAAAAAAAAAAAGGAAUUUUGAUGGAAUUUUGUACCUGUAGAUAUGGGAUAGCAUUUGACUAUCUGGAACGUUUCCCUGUCUCACCUCAGUCAGGAAUUGCCGUGUCUCUUAGGUUACAGCUUCACAUUGCAGUUCUGCCAGUGUUAAUCUAGCUAAUGUUCAGUCUUCCUUACUUGCCCAAUCUGCAACAGGUACUUGAAUUUGUUUCCUGACAGAGGUUCUUUGGUUAGUUGGUUUAUUUUUAAAAUGGCAAUGUGACUUGCACACGAAGGAAUUGGACUCGCUACCAGUGGGGAGUGCUGGGAGCUGUGACUGUGGAGCAAGUUCCACUGCUCAAGAGGACUCAGGACUUGAGCUGUGAUUGUUUUUACUCUUCUCUGCUCCAUACCCCUCUCUAGAGCGACAGUCAAGGAGUGGAAAUGUUUGAACACUUGCGCCAGAUUAUUUUCCCCCCUUAAGGAAUUGGAACUGAUUUGCGUGACUGAAUAACGUCCUGUUUUGUCUCCAGAAUGCUUGUAAUAUUUUUCACAGCCAAGCUUGUCAGGCUUGCUUUGGGUUUUGUUAGCUCUGCUGCACAACAGUUACAGAUCUUUUGGUUUGUUUUUUAAUUUUCUUCUUCUUUUUAAGCAGGAUUUAGCGUUUUGAACAAACCUCUUGCGGUUGAAACAUGUUGCUUAUCUGCCUUGAAACUGUUUUCACAUAUGCCUUUGUUUCGGGAAUAAGCUGUUUCGAAUGUCUGUCCUGUGCUGUAACGCGUGCUACAGUUUGCUGUGUGGAAUUUGGUCCUUUUGAGAGAUAACUGGUGCUCAUCACAUCCUGGUAAUUUCCCUAGACUAACGCUAACUCUGGUCUGGAUUCUGAAUGUGGGCUUGGGUUUUUUUAUGUUCAUACCCACAUUCGUAAUGUGAACCCCACAGGUCUCAACUUUGAAGGGGACAAACGGGGGCUAAAGUUUCAGCCCAUAAGAGUGUACUGUAAAUAGAGUCUUUAAGAAAUCAAAAAUUAAUAUUAGGGGUCAUAAUGGGAUAUGAAUCUUUAUUCACUCAUGGGUCAUUCCCUUUGACAUGAGACAAAUUUCUUCUGCCACUGUAGUCCAGUCCCUGUUCUGUGUGAUGUGGGGGCUAACACACCGUCAUCUGGGAGGCUGAAGAGUCUCAUGUCUUAAGGUGUGUAGCUAGAAAAGCCACAGAACAAAUGCAGCUAUGAGAACACUUUAAAAAAGGGAGGACACAGAGGGUAUCGUCAGCUUAGUUUUGUGGGCAUUAUAUUGGUUGCUUUUCUUUUAAACAAUAAGCACUUAAGUUUACUAUCAAUUAGAAAUUAAAUACCAAUCACUUUUUAUUCUUGACAGUUUUAAAAAUCUGCAUUGAAUCCGCAACUUUGGCCUGGUAAGUUUGCUGUUCUCCUUUUGAGAAACUAGCUUGUAUCUUUUAAACUGUUUAUCUUUAAAUUGUAUAUUUAAAAAAAAAAAAAAAAAGAGAAGAAGGGGGGGAGGAAGAGAGAAGGAAAUUAGUGAACUGCAGGCAUCCUGCACUGAGACACUACAAAACAAACAACCCAAAGAAAGUAGAAGAGUGAAGCUUGCAUAGCUAGGAGCAACAGUCUCAUUCACUGAGUUUCAUUAACAUGAAUGAAAUUAAAAUGCAGUUAGUUCCUGCAGCAAUUUUUACAGAAGUCAUGAUACUAAGGGCUUAAGAGCAGUUAACUCUAUUUUCUUAUUCCACUCCCAACAAACUCCUGCUCAAAUUAAAUUGGCUGUCUCUGGCUCAAGUGAUACGAAAAGCCCCGUAAACUCUAUUCACUUUAGCACUUCCCCAAUUCUGCCACUUCUGUCAAGUUGCCAUACUGUGUGUAUUAAAGUAAUUAAAUGCAAUUUUCUCACUUAAUGAUGUAUUACCCAGGUAUGUAACUUUGUUAACAUAAGCAUUUUGUAUAUUGUUUACAUUUUGAGAGGUAGCAUUACGUUAAAAAUGCUAAUUUUUGUUUCUAGACAGUAUUUUUAUUACCAGAAUAAGAAGUGAAGCUGCAAAUAUUUGAUUUGUUUUUAAAAGGGACUUUUUCUUUUGUUUUCGUUGUUUUGUUUUGGGUUUUUUAAUCUUGUUUUAGGUCACUUUUUUAACUCAAGUAUUUAAAAGGAAAACCCAGCCCUUUCAAUUCUGGUUUUACAACUGCUUGUGCUAGUUUGUUGUCUGUUUCUGGUGUGAAUUUAGUUCUAGUUUGCUGAAUGUAGAUAUUUCUGUCUGUAGCAUGUACCCUGCAGAACACUUUACACUGAAGUGCAUUUGACUGAAAACCACCCUCAGCUGAAAGAAUUGCAGUAGAUAGGCAGAUCACUCAGAUCCUGGUCAGAGUGCAGGAUUUUUCAAGAAAUUGCAGUGCAAUUUUUUUUUUUUCUCAACCGGAGUUUCAAAAAGAAAAAAAAAAAAAAAAAACAAAAAAAAACCAAACCCAAAACCUUAAUGUGCAGUGUCUCUCUCCAGUGCCCAAAGGCAGGGUGAGUUUGUGUGAGAAGCGAGCUUCAGGAUCCGUAGUCCUGCCUGUACUGAGGGUCUCUCUUUCUGCACGUGGGCCUGAUCUGUCAAAAUUUAAGAACUAAAAAACUGCUUUGAACCUAGAACUUCGAUCUUCCCCGUUGAGAUAGCUCCUACAGCAUCCACGAGAGUGGGAGAAGGAAGGCAGAGUGCAGAGUCACAGUUUGGGUGCUGUCCUGCUCGGCUAGUGCAAUAAAAAAAACCACUCGAGACCACGGUGGGUCGCCCUUCGAUAGGACCCACGUGUUCUGGGGGUACCAGGCAGCGCCCGCCCUUGGUGUCAGCGCUGGGAAGAGGGCCUGGCAUUUGCUGUGUCUGAGAAACGGCAGCAGGAGUUCACUUCUCACAGCCGGGAGCGGUGGGAUCCUUCCCUCCGGUCUUGUGCACGCCUCUGAUUGACCGGGUUUUAAUUACAAAAGCCAUGAUCACGAACUUUUGUCACGGGGAGGACUUCUGGGGCAGUAGGCGACUCCAGUUUUCCUGCAUAAACGAGGCUGUGCUCCCGCAUCCGAGGGUUUGGAUUGGAUUAUCACAAUAAGCAAAACCGCAAACACUUGAGUCUCCUUUCCUUUUCCGGGAGGAAACUCCCGCUCUCCCCUCCAGAGCGCUGCCGCAGCUACCGCCGGUGGGGGCGUCAGCUGGGGACUCGCCCCUCAGCCCGGGAAAGGCACCAGCAAGUUUGUGUCGUAGUUACCGGCCGCGUUCGGUUUGGCAGGGGUCGUGUCAGCCUCGAGGGAUGGACGCCCCCCCCCCACCCCGUCCUGUGACUACUAUGCAGUCUUUCUAGGUGCCUCCCUUCAAGCUGCACAGAGGUCAAAGUGUUUAACCUCGAGGCGGUACAAACCUCUCCGAAGUCAGUGUGUGUGUCCUAAACUGGGUUCGCAACACUGCGUAACCCAUCUGAGACGGAUCGCCCUUACACUAGCUCCAAAACCAGAACAGCUCUCCUCUCCCCGUCUGUGUCUUAAUGCCCCAUUCCAGGUUUGCCUGUCGACUUCCCCUACUCUGCAGAGCCAUCCUCUGGUAUCCGUAUUAGCCACUACUGAUUUUCCUUGCUCUUUGGAAUGAGUAUCUUGUGUAAUAGCGAUGGCAAAGCUCGGGGAACCAACGGCUGGUCAUCCAUCUCUUUUAGUGGUUUCAGCUUUCACCACUUGGAAGUUGUGCUGGUCUUUGUUUAGCUGCACAGUGCUAAAUGCAACUGGAUCGAGUUGUGUCAAGUGAGCGUAUUACACACAGGUCACAAGGGUGGGCAGGGCUAAUCAGUGCAACUGAAAAAAAUGUGAAUAAAUUAACUUUAAUCUAAAACUAAAAAAAAAAAAAAAAAAAAAAAGGCAUUCUCGUUUUUUUCACUGCUGUUUUUUAAAUAGGAAUUUUAAGUCCUCUGUGCUUGUCUGUUUGCUAGGAGCAGUUUGAGACACUGUUACUGUUUUGAAAUGCAUGCAUGUUACGAGAUGAGUCUCCAACCAGAGAAAAAUAAAAUUAAAACUUUGUGUA